AUGGAUAGAGAAAAUGAACCUAUGUCAGAAACGGCUAUUCUCCCGUUGGUCAAUAUCGUAAAGAAAGAAUGGAAAAAGGAUAACGUAAUCACCUUCUUACAAAGGGAGGACUUGAACUUAGAUCUUGACAACGAGGAUAUUGAGAUAAUCAGAAGUAAAAAAAUUGGUGGUAAAGCCUUUCUCAGUUUAACAAAAGAAGAACUUGAAAGUUAUGGACUACAACCAGGACCGGCUAUCGUGAUCGCUGAGCUGGUCAAGGAAAUCAAAGGCGAGCAAGCUGCCACACAAAAUCGUGCCAGAGAAGCAGGGCCUGAUCAUCACAAAAGGAAGCCUCGGCCAAAUAUUUCAACGGAAGGACCAAUACAUCCACAAUCUACUACGUUCAUGCUUCCUUUUCUUGAACGGGACAUCUUUGAAGACGUGUUCAAUGGCCUUUAUUAUGAAAGGAAGUCAUUCGUCAUUCAUGGGCCAUACCAAUCUGGAAAGACUACGUUUUUGUUGGCACUUGAAGCAGCGCUCAGAGAGAAGUUUGAUACAGACAUUAUACAAUUUGACAUGACGGGAGCCACGGGCGACAUCUCGACAAAUGGCCCGCAAGUUGGAUUUACUAAUUUUCUAUCAUAUUUUAUUUUUCAGGAAUAUCUUGAUUCAUCAGCAUUGUAUACAAAGCUUCAAUAUUGGCAGAGACGACUUAUCUUACUUAUUGAUGAGUUCCAGUUCAUCUUCAGAUCCCAAGACCUUCUCUAUUUUGCAAAGGCUUUCUUCAAUGCUCUCUCGUUCAAUUCACAUAUAUCCUACGUUGCC